GUUAAAACAGCCUGAAUUUGUGAGAUGUAUGUGCAUAACUGAGCUACUCUGUUGAUGUUUGCAGCCAGUUUCCUGCAAGGGAUUUUCAUGAAGGACAAAACCAUUUGUGGCACUUCAAGAUCUAGUUCCCGCACACCAGCCUCCUAUCAAAGAGCUACAAAGAAUGCAACAGAAAUGAGUGAGCAGUCAGUGACCUAUGUAGACCUGAAAUUUCAAACUUCUUCCAAGCACCAGAAGAAAAAGACGCCUAAGAACACCAGGGAGAAAGAGAUAAACGAGGAGGUGGUGACCUACACAGAACUGAAAUGCCAUAAUGCUUCUGAGCAACAGAGGAGACAACAGACUACGAACCCCCAGGGCAAAGAUUCUUCUGCUCCAGCUCCUGCAUGGAGGCUCAUAGCAGGGAUUUUGGGGACUUUCUGUUUGGCUUUGCUCAUAGCAGUGGGGGUCUUGGCUGCGAAUGUUUUUCAGAUCUCCCAUGUAUCAUGUAGACAGCAGGAUAACCUCAGCCAGCACCAGGAAAUUACCCAAGCUAAGAAUGGAAACCUGCCAAAGGUUUUGAACAGGAAAGAUAAAGGGUGGAAGUUUCUUUGCCCAGAAAAUUGGUUUCCCCAUGGAGAUAAAUGUUACCGCUUUUCUACUGAAUCCAAACCUUGGCUGGAGAGUCAAAAGGCCUGCUCUUCUCAUGGCUCCAGACUCCUCCUUAUAGAAAACAAAGAAGAACUGGAUUUCAUAAAUCCCCUGGCAACUUCUCACUGGAUAGGAUUGUCACGUGAGACGACUGACAGGUUGUGGAUGUGGGUGAAUGGUACAGCUUUCUCCACUGACUGGUUUGCAGUAAAUAAAGGAUACAUUGAUGGGAACUGUGCACUUGUCACAGGUGGAGAGCUCUCCUCUGGUCCAUGCAAAGAUGAAAAGCGCUAUAUUUGUGAGCAGCUGGUUCUUUGGCCAAAGCCUGACAUAUCGGCAUGAGAUGGAUCAUGGAAAUCAUAAA